UAAACAUAGUAACUUUCCCAAUGGAAUACCAUAUGUUUUUAUUUUUGAAUAUGGUACCACUGUUCAAUGUCCACUGGUCAUUGUUCAAGUAAAUGUCCUCCAUCGAUGGGCAUUGUUCACGCCAUUAGACAUUAUUCAAGUACCAUUUAGUUGAUAAAAAAGUUUAGAUAUUACAUUGGGAAAUAACAUAUGUUUUAGUACUAUUUAAUGCAAAUUUCACAUAAAGCCACUGUUCCACCAGAGAUUAAUUUGGAAGCGUAUAAGGCAAAAUCUUCCAGUUGAGAAUGCGGCGAAGGCCGGGAAUCGGAGGACUACAGAAUGCAGCCACGGCUAGGGAUCACUACCGAUUGCUCGGUGAAAAUGUAGCCAAACUGAAAACAGAUCUUCUGAAAGAGCAGCUCGCUACUUUUCGCUCUAUGCUUGAAGACUUUGCUCGAAAACACAAGAAUGACAUUCGUAAGAAUCCUGCAUUCAGAUCACAAUUUCAUGAGAUGUGUGCUAAAGUAGGAGUUGACCCUCUUGCUUCAAACAAAGGUUUCUGGGCAGAGCUCUUAGGAAUUGGUGACUUCUAUUAUGAAAUUGGGGUACAAAUUGUUGACAUAUGUUUGACUACAAGGCCUCACAAUGGAGGCCUGAUCAGUUUAGAAGAAUUAUGUAAAAUUCUUGCUCAAAGACGUAAAAGUGCUCGUGAAACAGUGUCUGAGGAUGACUGUUUGCGUGCUAUAAGCAAGCUAAAGGUACUAGGUAAUGGUUUCGAGGUGGUUUCAGUUGGAAAAAGAAAGCUUGUUCGCUCGGUCCCAACUGAAUUAAACAAGGAUCAUAAUGAAAUUUUAGAGCUGGCUCAGACUCAAGGCUUUGUGACAGUUGAUGAGGUACAAAGACACUUGAACUGGUCAUCUGGUCGCGCUACUGAUGCUCUUGAAACACUGUUAGAGGAAGGUCUAGCUAUGAUUGAUGACGGGCACCGCGAUGGCAGACGCCGAUAUUGGUUUCCCUGUGUAUCGUCAAUGUCUGCCUAUUCAGGAGCUGAUUCAGUUCCAGAAAUAAAGUCUUUUUGAUAUGUGAGUGUUUCUUCAACACACAAAACCCAUCCCAUAAUUUAAAGAUUGCAAAAACUGUGCUGACCCCCCUUCUUUCUUCCAUCCAGUGAAGGGGCAGCAAUUUAAAAAUAAAUUCAGCUGUUUCAA